AUGGGUGCCAAUAAUUGUAAAGGUCUUCUUCCUGGGAAUUCAAAGUCCGUGUCACGCAGAUCACCGAAAACAGGUAAACCAGGGAAAUAUGACUAUAUUGAAGAUGUGGUGUGCAAUGAAUCUGAUAUAAAAGAUAAUGAUAUGAAAUUAUUGCCGCUUGGAGAUGCUGGUGAUAAGAUCUUAUUAAUUAAACAAAAGGGCGAGUUACAUGCCAUAGGUACAAAAUGUACUCACUAUGGAGCUUUACUCCAUACAGGAGCAUUGGGAGAUGGAAGAAUAAGGUGUCCUUGGCAUGGUGCAUGUUUCAAUAUCAGAACAGGGGACAUUGAAGACUAUCCAGGCUUAGAUUCACUACCAUGUUACAAAGUACACGUAGAUGACAGUGGUCUUGUACGUGUCAGAGCCAACCGUAAAGAUUUAGGUUUGAAUAGGCGUGUAAAACACAUGUGCGAACAAGAUCCCAGUAAUCAAACUACUGUUGUCAUUGUCGGAGGAGGGCCAGCUGGUGCUACUUGUGCAGAAACAUUGCGACAAGAGAAUUUUACAGGAAACAUUAUUAUGAUCUGUAAAGAAAAUGUAGUUCCAUAUGAUAGAGUGAAAGUAUCCAAAGUUUUAGAUUUUGAUGUGGAGAAAGCAGCUUUAAGACCACAGUCGUUUUACAAAGACUAUAAGAUUGAUGUUAAACUAAGCGUAGAAGCUAUAGGCCUGAAUACAAGCGAAAAGAGUAUUGCAUUAAGUAAUAAUGAAAAAUUAAUAUACAACUACUUAUUCAUUUCUACUGGAAGCAAACCAAGGAUGCCUGAAGUACCUGGUGCUAAUCUGUCUAAUAUUUAUGUAUUGAGGAAUUAUACGGAAUCUCAUGAGAUACAUUCAAAAUUGUCAGCCAACAAGCACAUCGUAGUACUUGGUCUAGGUUUCAUUGGUAUGGAAGCAGCAGCUUAUUGCGUGGGUAAAUGCAAAUCUGUGACAAUUAUCGGAAAAGAAAAAGGUACUAUACUCCCCACUUUUGUAUUUGAUUUAUACCAAAUUGUAUAAAAAAUAACCAAAUAUUUUGAUUCAGGUAUUAAGUUUAUACUUGGAAAUAAUAUUGCACAAUUCAUUGCAAAGGAAGAUGAUGGAAACACUGUAGGUACAGUGUUGCUUACCGAUGGCACGGUACUUCCAGCUGAUAUAGCUAUUAUUGGAAUUGGAUCUACACUUUAUACUGAUUGGAUAAAAGAUUCUUCUAUACAAAUGUUAGAAGAUGGCAGUAUAAUAGUCGAUAAGCACUUGAAAACAAACGUGGAAAACGUAUAUGCUGGUGGUGACAUAGCGUACGCACCAUUGUUUGGUUCCGAUAGCACUACAGCGGCAAUAGGCCACUACCCUUUGGCGCAUUAUCAUGGAAAAAUAGCAGCGUUAAACAUUUGCGCUAAAACCACGGCAUUAAAUGCCAUUCCAUUCUUCUGGACAACUUUGUUCGGUAAAAGCUACCGAUACGCAGGGUAUGGAAAACCAGACAAAAUAAAGAUUCAUGGUUCUUUGGAAAAGUUUGAAUUUUUCGCGUACUACAUUAAAGAUGGCAAAGUCACUGCAAUGAGUAGCGUAGGAGCAGACCCAGUAGUAUCAGACUUUGCAAAUUUCCUGCACGAAGGAAAAUCAUUAACGGAAAUAAUAAUUAAUAAACAUCCAUUUGAUUGGAUUAGAAGUAAACCAAAAGAUUUGGUUGAUCGUUUUCAAAAUGAAAUUACUACAGACCCAUAAA